AAAAAUGUAGUAUAAAGAAAAACAUUUUGUAGUAAUAUUUUAAUUAUUUUUAAUCACACGCCAGGCCAGCAGGUGACGCUCAGAUGUUUGCGUUUGUAGCACAGAAGAAGAAAAGACCGCGGGUUGUGGUUUGCCAUACGCCAUGAAAAGUCAAUAGAAGAAGACUGCGGGUUGAUUUUUUGUUUCUUAAACAUAUUGCGUUGUAUAAUGGCAUCCAAAAAGCCUUCAACUAUACGGAAAACCUCUUCUUCAAGUGAUUUAAAAAAUUUAUCAACUGAUAAUGACAGCAACAGUGGAAAUAACAGUGGUGCAAGGAGGAAAACCAAAACUUCUGGCACGAUUGUGAAGUCCAGGUACAUGCAAACUGAACCAAAAGCUUCUGCAAAGAACAGCAUACAGCAGCAGUCAACGCUGUUGCCACCCAGACCUUCAUCUCCAAGAGUAGGCAACACACGAAAGCCAAGAGAUUACGCACUGUCAAGACGCACAAUGAGUUCACUACCAGACAAUGACUCUCCCUCAGUGACUACCAGCAUUCUGGAAUCCUCACAUUUGGGAGGAAAUGUCUUGCAGUCAACUGUGCUGGAUGGCCACUUUAUGCGUCCAGAUUUUGAUUUAUCUGUCAUCAAAGAAAAAGUUGCUCCUCCAAGCGCAACAGACGUCAAAAAUGAUGAAAGGGAUAUGGCAAUGGAGAUGUUUUUAUUGGCCUUCCUUACUGCUAAGAUUGAGCAUAAGAAUAAAAAAUUAAGAGAGGAGGCGGAGAGGAACAUUCUGACUGUCAUGGACAAAGAACAGCAGUUGCGCUUGCAAGUUCAUCGGAAGAAACGACAAUAUCUCCUUUUGGAGAAGCAGAAACAGCUCAACGGUUUAUUGGACUUACAGAUUGAGCCUUUAGGUUCGGUUGCUUCUGCAGCAAACAAGUUUUCAGAGGAGUAUAAGUCAUUUGCAACAGCCAUUGAUGCCACGCGGCACAAGCUACCUGUGAGGAAUGUGCACAUUGGAGAGAAUGCAGAGCAGUUCUUAGACAAAGCAGUCGGAUGUUUGAAUCGCAGCGAGUGUGUCUUGCAGAAGUAUACACAGGGCAUUCCUGCUGAUAGCGAGGCAUCAACAGAGUGUCUUGGAGAGAUGAAAAAUUCAGCACAUGAUAUCAGCAAGCAGUUGACAAGGACUUUUUCUGAACUUCUGGAGGUGUCUUCAUUAGUAAGCCAUGAGGCGGUUUUGAUCCAACAGUCGAUGGAAGAAGUCCAAAUUGGACAGAACAUGGCUCAGACUCUCUUCUGUCCUUCCACGUCAUGAUGUUUUAUGAAUUUGUGUUUACAUAUGUAUGUACAAAGAAAGAAUUAAAUGCUAUUUUGCAUGGUUUUGUGUCUAGUUUGUCAAGACUAAUUCACUUACAAAAAUGUAUUAUUAAGUGUAACAAGAUUGGUAAUUGUGUACAUUUGUAAUAUAUUUGUAUUGUAUAGUUUAUUAUUUCAUAUUCUGACAUCAUACUCAUCUUACAAGACAAAUGUAAAUAAAACUUUGUGGUUUAAUAAAGGAUGUUCCUCUUCUAAUUAUUAUUUACAGGAUUAUCUUAAAUUAAACUGAAAACAAGAACCGAUAUACAUCGCAUGAUAAAUAUGAAAU